CGUAAACCGAUUCAAAGGAUUCACCGAACAGCUCGCUUGUAGAUGGUGAGUGGAGUUAAAAAGAGAUGCCUUGCUCACGUGUCCCUCAGAUCACGUGUCCGCGUGUGUGAAAUGAUUCGUCUCUACUGGGUUAUAAUGUGUGUUCUCGGCGAGUUUGAGGAGCAGCGUGCUCUUAGCGUUUGAACGCAAGACGGUUUCGUUUGCAGCAUUAAUACCAGAUGAAUUAUUGCGAUAUCGGGCUCAGUUGACCUUAGAGACCGAGAGUAUGGCUGGUCUAGCAUUUCUUUGCCAUUUAAUACCAAACAGCUUGAAGACGUUGACCUGAGAUCACGUUUACCUGACGUUUAUACACAGGUUCUUUACGUAAAAGAAAUACACACAUAAAUGAAUACAUGUAAAUAAACCUUCCCAUUGGCGGUUGGAUCUGAACUUAUUACACGAAGUAAGUAAAUCUUAUCUCGCAAGAUUGAAAUAAAAGCUGCUAUUUCUGGGUCGUUGACAGUUUUUAAGCUUUGUUUUGAAGUUUCUAGAUGUGUUUUAUUGUGAAGUUGCAUUCCCCCAGCAUGUGGCAGUUUGAGCAUCCUGACUUUGCAGUUUUCCUGCUUGCUGAGCUUCAGAAGCAGCAGCAGGGAAGCAUCUUCUGUGACACGCUUCUGCAGACAGACGGUGUCUGUGUUCCAGCUCACAGCUGUGUGCUAGCCGCUCUAAGCCCUGCCCUGUCAAGAGUCCUGUCCACUUCCCCUGCUCCACAGGCAGGGCAGAACAGGCUUCUGAGCCUUGAGGCUGUAGGAUCUUGUGCCUUACUAAAGCUAGUUAGGUUCCUGUACACGGGGGAAAUGGAGAUCAAGAGUCAGACCGAACACGAGGAGGUAAUGGCCGCUGCAUUCAGACUCGGACUUAAAAAUCUUUUAGAAAAGAAGAGAGUGCACGUGGAAAGAGGAGUGGAGAAUGUUGUGAGAUGUUGGAGAGAGAUUGGUGUACAGACAGAAGAUGUGAGCAGCCAGGAAAGUGAAAUGGUGUCUGAGCCAUUGAGGAUACAGAGCAGUACUCUUCCAGUGCAAGCUUGUGGCUUAUUGGAAGCUGAUUUGUCCUCAUUGUCAUUAUUUGAUGAAGCUAGUCCAGCUGCAGGUUCGAAUCGGACCAAUGCCACUGUUCCUUCCCUCGCUGUUGUGGCCGAAGCAUCUGUAAUAAAUCAUCACAAAACAAAGGCUAAGAAGAGGUGGAAAAUGGCAAGGAGACAAAGCCAAUUAAAAAAAUUAACUCGGCAACAAAUGAAUGUUUCAGGCAAAAACUUCCAGAAACUUUUAGAGGCAGAUAAAGGGCCAAGAAGUGUGACUGCUGAACAAAAGGAGGCCAAGUUGGACCAGCUUAAAGUUAGGAUAAAGCUGAGGAGGAGCGGGGCUUGCUGGGAGAGCAACCUUCUUGUUUCUGUCCAAGGUGAGAGCGAGAAGAUCCCAGAAGAAGUGUGUGCGCUUCAAACUCCGAGCUACCCGCCUAGAGUACUUCCUGGUCAAAGUCUUGGAACUCUCACCCCACGGACGGACCUGACUAUAUCACCCUCUGAUUCUUCCACGCAUCCCUCUUCAGAUAAAUGUCUUCCUACUCGACACCACGUUUCUGUCUCUUCCCCUUUGGAAAUACCAACUUUAUCUUCAAGCCCUCCCCAAGCAGAUGACUCUGAUGAACAUAUUGCAAAGUUGUUGGAUGAUAUGUUGAUGGAUUUAAACAUCCUUCCAUUGAUGCCAGUAAACAGACAUCUGGAUGAGCAAGAGCAGCUAGGUCCUCUUCAGGAUGCAAAAGAUCAACCGAGGGCUGCUGAUGCCUCUGCUCAAGGUGCUUGUCUUUAUCUGCAGAACUGUGAGCAAGAGAUGAAGGGAUCUGAUGUUAGCAAGACGGCAGUAUCAGCUGGGUCACCAGGACAAAGAGAUGAAGGCUUUCAAAAUCAGUCACAAUCCAACACAUUCAUGUCUAAGUUACCUGAACAGGACAUCUUAAACAAAGAUAAGUAUCUGGCGGCUGGGGCAAGAACCUCCACACCCUCCCUGGGAGAAGAUUUGUUUUUAACCCCAAAAGCCACGGCUGUCCCAGCUAACAUUUCUCCAGCCACAGGUGAAACCCUUCUUAUGACCAGCAUAAUAGACAACAGGCCAGAAUUCAUACUACUGCGAUGUCUUUCCCCCCUCAAAUCAGAUAAAAGAGACAGUGAUGUUCCCACACAACCACCACACAGACAGGACCUAGAAACGCAAAACCUUCCCUUGUGGCUUUCUGAAUCACCACUGAAAUUGGACUUCCCUCUGAGCGUGAUGAUUGAUUCCUCCUACCCACAUACACAGCCUGACCUCAUUGCCUGCCGAGAUCGAUCGUGCCCUGACCUUGCAGAAAAGCAAGAAUUGAAGACUUCCUUUUUACAAGAUGAUUUAAUGAGUGGGAGUAGUUCAAACACCAUUCAGCAUGAUGCAAAAGAUGCUAGCGAGCACCCAAAGCAGAGAAAGAUGAGAAGACAAAGGCUUGCAACUCAGAAGUCAGAAGUGAAUGGGGAUACGUGUCAAAACAUAGAAAAUCAGGAUCUGGUUCAACAGAGGACAUCAAAGGGUUAUGAUCCCCACUGUGAACACAUUAAGCCAUCAGCUAAUGCACAUAAAGCCAGUGCCCGAAUAAAAAAUGCAAACAGAAAAGCAACUGCAGGUGAGAAGAGAAAAAAAGAAAUUUCUUCACCUAUCAGUAAGAAAACGCCUCUGUUGAACACUGACGGUGAACAACGUGAUGUUUUACCUACACCAAAAGUCACUGGUAUUGUAAAACGUGGUCGUGGUAGACCUCCUAGAUACCAAAAAAAAGCUGCUGUGGCUCACUUGUGCAACAGUGCAGAGAAAUUGCCCACUUCAGGACAAGAUGAUUGUGAGGUGGAAAAAACUAAGAAAGACAGUGAGAUUGGUUUUUGCUUAUUAGCCCGCUCAAAUCCACGGCAAGAGAUAGACUCAACAGAAAUGGAAGAAGCAGAUGUUAACAGCAAUUUGGCAGUGACUACGCUAAAUGCUCACUUAAAGUAUGCUGCUCAGGCAAAAGUGCCAAGUAUCAUUGAUCAAAUUUUCCAUCAGACUCAUCCAAGUGUUGAAAGUCUCGCUUAUAGGAGUUCUCUCAAUAUUGAUCAGCCGCUAGCAUCAAGCCUGCGAGACGCGUCUUUUAGCCUUCAAAAAUUCCAAGGAAUGAUAAGAGAAAAAGAGAAUAGUAAAUUAAUGAUGAAAACCAAUGAAGUGCUCAAUAAGGGCAUCUGUGGUAAGAAAAAAGCAGAGACGUCUAUGCUAAUGAACGAGAAUAAAGACAUGGAGGUAUCUGACCAUCAAAUAGGGUCGCUGUUGUCAAAAGAUGGAGAAACCGCCACUGAGGAGAACUCAAGUGUGUUACAGAAUAGUGAUUCCCAAAAUGAGAAGGGAAAAGACAUUCAUGAACAAGUGACUGAGAUUUCUGAGCCAUUAACAGCUGAGCAGGACGUCAUGAAGGAAAUGAUGAUGCCGGCUGAUGAUGCUGGUCGUGCCAAGUCGCCCACAGAGAAAGACUGUGAUGUGUCCACCAAUGAACUACCAGUGAUGGGGGGAAUAGAAAUGAAAUUCUGUAUGGAUCUUGAUAGUACACCGGCAGAAGGUCUCAGAGAUGGACAAAACCUGGAAGAUGCGGUUUCUAAUGAGUGUUCGUUUGUGGCGACUUCAGACGUGGACAAAGACGUUCAGGCAGCGCAUGGUGUUGAUACCCAGGAUGUUGCUGAUUGUGUGGAGGAGGAGGAUUUAGGUAGAAACAAAGAGCUUCAGAUGAUUGAAGAAAUUAUGGCGGGAGAAGAAACUGAAGUCCUUGGGGCAAAUGAGCUUGUUGAGGAAAAUGAUCUGCCUUCCUCCGAUGAUAGGUGUUGGGAAACGACCAAUGGUUGGGAUGAUAGCGUUGAAAUUGAGGAGGGAGAUCAGUACAGUGCUGGGAAGAUCGAUGAACUGAGUGAAGGACACAUUACAAGUACAGAAAACGCAUCAAACAGAGAAGAAGAAAUAAGCAGCGACGCUCCUUCUGUCCAGACUGAAGUGCUGCUUCAGUCAAACUAUCAAAGCCCCGAGGUGUGCAGUGAGAAUAUCUCAAUGGUGACUUCCAGUUCAGAAUCAGCAGGAGAAGAAGAUAUUGAAGUAGAUGUUGUCGAUGAGCCUGCUGAAGACCCAUUAGGGCUUUUGCCAUCUAGACAGUUUGUCACACUGGCUAUUGAGUGUCUAAUGGAGCAAGAGGAUGAGUUGAAUGCCACUGAAGAAGAGGAGGUAGAUGUGACUGGAGAAGAGACGGAAUGAAUUUGUGUUCAUGUUUGGGAAUACAUGUUCAGCAUUUUGAGGUCAAUAGCAAUGUUUGAGCCAAGUUCUUAACCCAGGGUUUAAUGUAUCAAAUGGUGAGAAUAAUUUUUUUUUGUUUUUGGUCAAUUUGACAUUACGUAUGUGAAUUAGCUAAAUUCAUUGUUUAUUUUUGACUGUCUCAUACAUGUAUAAAGUUACAUAUUAACAUUAUGUAAAUAAAAAUCAAUUUAUAUA